CCGCCGAGCUGCCCACGCCUCGCCCGCACCAUGAUCGCCGCGGCUUUCCUCGUCCUGCUGAGACCCUACAGCAUCCAAUGUGCCCUGUUCCUCUUGUUGCUUCUGCUGGGCACCAUCGCCACCAUCGUGUUCUUCUGCUGCUGGCACCGCAAGCUCCAGAAAGGGAGGCAUCCCAUGAAAUCGGUCUUUUCGGGCCGUUCAAGGAGCCGAGAUGCUGUUAUGAGAUCUCACCAUUUUCGUUCUGAGGUAAUUUAUUUAGCCCGCACGCUCAAGGGAUUCAGAGCCAGCCCUCGGCAUAUCAGGAGACGUACUGCAGCAGCCGCAGCUGCUCGUCUGGAAGAAGUGAAGCCUGUGGUGGAAGUUCACCAUCAGAGUGAGCAAGAAAUUUCAGUGAGGAAACGAAGAAUUAAGAAAAAUAGCCGAGUGCAGCCAGAGUUCUAUCACUCUGUUCAAGGUGCUUCGACCAGAAGGACUAGUUCCGGGAACGCGUCCUAUCGCUGCUCUAUGUCUUCCUCUGCGGAUUUUUCCGAUGAGGAUGAUUUCAGCCAGAAAUCUGGCUCGGCAUCUCCAGCUCCUGGAGACACCUUACCCUGGAAUUUGCCUAAACAUGAGAGAUCAAAAAGAAAGAUUCACGGGGGCUCGGUGCUGGACCCUGCCGAGCGGGCAGUGCUUAGGAUAGCAGAUGAACGGGACAAAGUUCAAAAGAAAACGUUUACAAAAUGGAUAAAUCAGCAUCUCAUGAAGGUUCGAAAACAUGUGAAUGAUCUCUAUGAAGACUUAAGGGAUGGACACAAUUUGAUCUCUCUUUUAGAGGUUCUUUCGGGAGAUACCUUACCAAGGGAGCGAGAUAUUUUGAAGACCUUACGAUUGGUGAGUGCAACAGCAGCAUGCGAAUAUGAACAGCAUGAGGAUGUGGAGGAUGAGGAUAAGGGGCCCAGAGAGAAAGGUCGGAUGCGUUUUCACAGACUACAGAAUGUACAAAUUGCACUUGACUAUUUGAAAAGACGGCAGGUGAAAUUAGUGAAUAUUAGAAAUGAUGACAUAACGGAUGGAAAUCCCAAAUUGACUUUGGGAUUAAUAUGGACAAUAAUUUUGCACUUUCAGAUAUCUGAUAUCCAUGUUACUGGAGAGUCAGAAGAUAUGUCUGCAAAAGAGAGAUUAUUACUGUGGACACAGCAGGCAACAGAGGGUUAUGCUGGAAUACGGUGUGAAAAUUUCACUACUUGCUGGAGAGACGGAAAACUAUUUAAUGCCAUCAUUCAUAAAUACAGGCCGGACCUGAUAGACAUGAAUACUGUUGCUGUUCAAAGCAACCUUGCAAAUUUAGAGCACGCUUUUUAUGUAGCAGAAAAAAUUGGUGUCAUAAGACUUCUGGAUCCUGAAGAUGUUGAUGUCUCCUCACCUGAUGAAAAAUCAGUAAUAACUUAUGUAUCAUCUCUCUAUGAUGCGUUUCCCAAAAUCCCUGAAGGUGGUGAAGGAAUUGGUGCAAAUGAUGUUGAAGUCAAAUGGAUUGAAUACCAGAAUAUGGUGAACUACCUCAUCCAGUGGAUUAGACACCAUGUGACCACAAUGUCUGAGAGAACAUUUCCUAAUAAUCCUGUAGAACUAAAGGCACUUUAUAAUCAGUAUUUACAGUUUAAAGAAACAGAAAUUCCACCAAAGGAGACAGAAAAAUCCAAAAUUAAACGCCUGUAUAAAUUAUUAGAGAUUUGGAUAGAAUUUGGACGCAUCAAACUCCUUCAAGGUUAUCAUCCAAAUGAUAUUGAAAAAGAGUGGGGGAAACUCAUCAUUGCCAUGCUUGAAAGGGAGAAGGCACUUCGCCCAGAAGUAGAAAGGUUGGAAAUGUUGCAGCAGAUUGCCAGCCGAGUUCAGAGGGACAGUGUCAUCUGUGAAGACAAACUGAUACUUGCCCGAAAUGCUCUCCAGUCUGAUUCUAAAAGAUUAGAAUCAGGGGUGCAGUUUCAGAAUGAAGCAGAAAUCGCCGGGUAUAUACUUGAAUGUGAGACCCUUUUACGCCAGCAUGUAAUUGAUGUACAGAUUCUUAUUGAUGGAAAAUAUUAUCAGGCAGAUAAAUUGGUACAGAGGGUUGCAAAACUGCGUGAUGAAAUUAUGGCCUUAAGGAAUGAAUGUUCUUCAGUGUACUGCAAAGGACGCAUGCUGACAACGGAACAGACAAAGCUCAUGAUAUCAGGAAUUACUCAAAGUUUAAACUCAGGAUUUGCACAGACCUUAAACCCCAAUCUGAACUCAGGGCUAACCCAGAGUUUAACGCCUUCCCUGACCCCUUCUAGUGUGACAUCAGGUCUGUCAUCAGGUCUGACUUCCCGCCUAACUCCAUCUGUCACUCCAGCUUACACACCUGGUUUCCCAUCGGGAUUAGUUCCAAAUUUUUGUUCAGGAGUAGAGACAAAUUCAUUGCAAACUCUGAAGUUGAUGCAGAUCCGAAAGCCCCUUCUAAAAUCUUCUCUAUUGGAUCAAAACUUAACAGAAGAGGAAGUCAACAUGAAAUUUGUUCAGGACCUUUUAAACUGGGUCGAUGAGAUGCAGGUACAGCUGGACCAUACUGAAUGGGGAUCGGAUUUGCCAAGUGUUGAAAGCCAUUUAGAAAAUCAUAAAAAUGUUCACCGAGCCAUUGAAGAAUUUGAAACUAGCCUUAAAGAAGCUAAGAUCAGUGAGAUCCAAAUGACAGCACCUCUUAAACUCACUUAUGCAGAGAAGUUGCACAGAUUAGAGAGUCUGUAUGCAAAACUCUUGAACACAUCCAGGAAUCAGGAACGGCACCUUGAUACACUCCACAAUUUUGUGACUCGUGCAACUACUGAGCUUAUUUGGUUGAAUGAAAAAGAAGAGGAGGAAGUUGCUUAUGACUGGAGUGAAAGAAAUACCAAUGUAGCUCGGAAAAAAGAUUACCAUGCUGAAUUAAUGAGAGAACUUGAUCAAAAGGAAGAAAAUAUUAAAGCAGUUCAGGAAAUAGCAGAGCAGCUACUUCUGGAAAACCACCCCGCCAGAUUAACUAUUGAGGCCUACCGAGCAGCAAUGCAGACCCAGUGGAGCUGGAUUUUGCAGCUCUGCCAGUGUGUGGAGCAGCACAUAAAGGAGAACACUGCAUAUUUUGAGUUUUUCAGUGAUGCCAAAGAAGCCACCGAUUACUUACGGAAUCUAAAGGAUGCCAUUCAGCGGAAAUAUAGCUGUGAUAGAUCAAGCAGCAUUCACAAACUGGAAGACCUUGUUCAGGAAUCAAUGGAAGAGAAAGAAGAACUUCUGCAAUAUAAAAGCACGGUGGCAAGCCUGAUGGGGAGAGCAAAAACAAUAAUUCAGCUGAAGCCAAGGAAUCCUGACUGUCCACUCAAAACUUCUAUUCCUAUCAAAGCCAUUUGUGACUACAGACAAAUUGAAAUAACCAUUUUCAAAGACGAUGAAUGUAUUUUGGCCAACAACUCUCAUCGUGCUAAAUGGAAAGUCAUCAGCCCCACUGGGAAUGAGGCUAUGGUCCCGUCUGUGUGCUUCACAGUUCCUCCACUAAACAAAGAAGCGGUUGACUUUGCAAACAGAAUAGAGCAGCAAUAUCAGAAUGUCCUGACUCUCUGGCAUGAAUCUCAUAUAAACAUGAAGAGUGUGGUAUCCUGGCAUUAUCUUGUCAAUGAAAUUGAUAGAAUUCGUGCCAGCAAUGUGGCUUCUAUAAAGACAAUGUUACCUGGUGAACAUCAGCAAGUUCUGAGUAAUCUACAGUCUCGUUUUGAUGAUUUUCUGGAAGAUAGCCAGGAAUCCCAAAUAUUUUCUGGCUCUGAUAUAACACAACUGGAAAAGGAGGUUAAUGUAUGUAAGCAGUAUUACCAAGAACUUCUUAAAUCUGCUGAAAGAGAGGAGCAAGAAGAGUCAGUUUAUAAUCUCUAUAUCUCUGAAGUUCGAAACAUUAGACUUCGAUUAGAAACCUGUGAGGAUCGGUUAAUUAGACAGAUUCGAACUCCACUGGAAAGAGAUGAUUUGCACGAGAGUGUAUUCAGAAUCACAGAGCAGGAGAAAUUAAGGAAAGAGCUAGAGAGACUUAAGGAUGAUUUGGGAACAAUCACAAAUAAAUGUGAAGAAUUUUUUAGUCAAGCAGUAGCCUCUCCAUCAGCUCCUACCUUACGAUCUGAACUCAGUGUGGUCAUUCAGAGCAUGAACCAAGUCUACUCUAUGUCUUCCACUUACAUAGAUAAGUUGAAAACAGUUAAUUUGGUGUUAAAAAACACUCAAGCUGCAGAAUCUCUCGUAAAACUCUAUGAAACUAAACUGUGUGAAGAGGAAGCAGUUAUAGCUGAUAAGAAUAAUAUUGAGAAUCUAAUAAGUACUUUAAAGCAAUGGCGAUCUGAGGUAGAUGAAAAAAGAGAGGUAUUCCAUGCAUUAGAGGAUGAGUUGCAGAAAGCUAAAACCAUCAGUGAUGAAAUGUUUAAAACAUACAAAGAACGGGAUCUGGAUUUUGACUGGCACAAAGAAAAAGCAGAUCAAUUAGUUGAAAGGUGGCAAAAUGUUCAUGUUCAGAUUGACAACAGGUUACGGGACUUGGAAGGCAUUGGCAAAUCACUGAAAUACUACAGAGACACCUAUCAUCCUUUAGAUGACUGGAUACAGCAAGUUGAAACUACUCAGAGAAAGAUUCAAGAAAAUCAGCCUGAAAAUAGUAAAACCCUAGCAACACAGUUGAAUCAACAGAAGAUGCUGGUAUCUGAAAUAGAAAUGAAACAGAGCAAAAUGGAUGAAUGUCAAAAAUAUGCAGAACAGUAUUCAACUACAGUGAAGGACUAUGAAUUACAAACAAUGACCUACCGGGCCAUGGUAGAUUCACAACAGAAAUCUCCAGUGAAACGCCGAAGGAUGCAGAGCUCUGCAGAUCUUAUUAUUCAAGAGUUCAUGGACCUUAGAACCCGGUAUACUGCUCUGGUCACCCUCAUGACACAAUAUAUUAAAUUUGCUGGUGACUCAUUGAAAAGACUGGAAGAGGAGGAGAAAUCACUGGAAGAAGAAAAGAAAGAGCUUGUUGAAAAAGCCAAAGAAUUACAGAAAUGGGUGUCAAAUGUCAGCAAGACCCUGAAAGAUGGAGAGAAGGCUGAAAAACCUUCCUUCUCUAAGCAAAAGAUUUCCAAUGAGGAGAUAUCAACCAAGAAGGAACAGUUAUCCGAAGCACUUCAAACCUUGCAGCUAUUUUUGGCAAAACAUGGAGACAAAAUGACAGAUGAAGACAGAAAUGAAUUGGAAAAACAAGUGAAAACUCUUCAAGAAAGUUAUAAUUUAUUCUGUAGUCAACCUCUGAAACAACUACAAGAGUCACAAACCUUAGGAGAUGUAAGGGUAGAGGAGAAGCUAAAUAAAGUGAUUGCAGGCACCAUUGAUCAGACAACUGGAGAAGUCCUUUCAGUCUUUCAGGCAGUUUUAAGAGGCCUCAUUGACUAUGACACUGGAAUCAGGUUGCUUGAGACACAACUAAUGACUUCUGGUCUGAUUUCACCAGAAUUAAGACAAUGUUUUGACCUCAAAGAUGCCAAAAUUCAAGGCCUUAUUGAUGAACAAGUUCUGUGCCAACUCAGAGAACUCAAUGAAACAAAGGAGAUUAUUUCUACUGUAUCAUCUACCACAGUUCCAGUGCUGGAUGCUCUGGCUGAAGGCAUGAUAUCAGAACCCAUGGCAAUCAGAGUUCUGGAGAUACUGCUUUCCACAGGCUUUCUACUACUUCCAACCACUGGAGAACAGCUGACCCUCCAGAAGGCUUUCCAACAGAACUUGGUUUCCUCAGCAUUGUUUUCUAAAGUCCUGGAAAGGCAAAAUAUGUGCAAAGAUCUUAUUGACCCCUGUACCUCUGAAAAAUUAUCUUUAAUAGAUAUUAUACAAAGAAGUAUUUUGCAGGAAGACACUGGGAUGAGACUUCUACCUGUGAGACCACAAGAAGGAGGCAGAAUAACAUUAAAAUGUGGAAGAAGCAUAAGCAUUUUAAGGGCAGCUCAUGAAGGUCUCAUAGACCGUGAAACCAUGUUCAGGUUAUUAGGUGCACAGCUUCUUUCUGGAGGUCUGAUCAAUUGCAACUCUGGUCAGAGAAUGACUGUUGAAGAAGCUAUGGCAGAAGGAAUGAUUGACAGAGAUACUGCUAACAGUAUUCUCACGUAUCAGGUUCAAACAGGUGGAAUCAUGCACUCAAAUCCUGCUAAACGUUUAACUGUGGAUGAAGCAGUCCAGUGUGAUUUGAUUACUUCCAGCAGUGCUCUUUUGGUGCUAGAGGCUCAGCAUGGCUAUGUUGGACUCAUUUGGCCUCAUUCUGGUGAAAUAUUUCCCACAUCAUCUUCCUUGCAGCAAGAAUUGAUUACAAAUGAAUUGGCAUGCAAAAUCCUGAAUGGCAGACAGAAAAUAGCAGCUCUUUAUAUUCCAGAAACUUCUCAAGUCAUUGAAUUGGAUGUUGCUAAGCAGCUUGGAAUUAUAGAUAAUAACACAGCAUUGAUUUUAAAAAAUGUAAUACUACCUGAUAAAAUGCCAGAUUUGGGAGAUAUAGAAGCUUGUAAAAAUUCUAAAAGAUGGCUCUCCUUUUGUAAAUUCCAACCAUCUACAGUCCAUGAUUAUAGGCAAGAAGAGGAAGUUUUAGAGGGAGAAGAGCCAGCAGCAACUCAGAGCUCAGAACAAACUAAAAAAUUAUUCCUCUCUUAUUUGAUGAUAAAUAGUUACAUGGAUGCAAACACAGGGCAAAGGCUUUUGAUGUAUGAUGGCGCCCUGAAUGAGGCCAUUAGUAUGCUUUUGGAAGGCUGUAGUGCAGAAUUUGAUGAGGACACACCAAUAAAAGACUGUCUUGAUGUCUCAGGACUCCUUGGUGCUUUUCCGCAUGAAGAACCAAGUAAAGAAAAGGAUCAAAGUGCAGCUUCAGCAAGUAGUUUUCACAAAAGUCAUUGUAAAGGACCUGAACAUAAUGAAAUGCCUGAAGCUGGAAGGCAUGCCACAGAUGAAGAGUUUAAUGAAAGAGAAAAUAAUGCUGUCAAUAGUGAAUUUUAUCAGUUAGAAAACUUGGCAAAUAUGAGAACAAAUGAUCAUAAAGUUAAGAAUCCAUCCGGUGCAUGUGUUUCCAGUCCUAUACCGCAUUUAACACAGCCUGGACUUGCAGAAGUUAACAUGUUUAGACAAGACUCAGAAAACAUAUUUACAAAUCAAAGACAAGUUGAAACAAGUGAACUUAGAAAUGAAAGUAACCUUUCUAGCAACAUUCAAAACUUUGCAGUUGAUGUGACAACAACUCCUAUUGUGAAAUCAAAAACUAGUAGAAACUGUGACUUGAAUGAGACAAGUAAUGAAGAUAAUUUAAACAAGGAUUCAACUAUCUUUGACUAUUCUCCCAUUCUUAGUGCCUUGUUAAGUCAUGAUAAAUUAAAUGAGCAGGCACAUUUUCAUGAUGUGCGCACUGCUGAGAGCAACAGAAAUAAAUAUGAAGACUCUACUUUGCCCUUAAAGGAGCAAACCAUGCUGUUGGCUCAAAGGGUGGGAGAAAAAUUUCAAGACCAAUUUCUGGGAAUUGCAGCUAUUAGCAUCAGUUUACAGGAAGAAAAGAGUGAACAAAAUUCUUUAAAUAAUGGGUGUAGUGAUCCUCAAGUACAAUAUCAAAAUGAAACAUUUAAAACAGGUACUUAUGGAAACAAUGAAAAAAUACACAUUGCUUCUCAGCAGAAAUCUGAAGACAAGAAAAAUGAAUCCAAACUGGAAGAGAAUUCCAGUGCCAUGACUCCAAAGGUGGAAACUGAUAAUGCUAAUACAUCUCAUAUUUAUAGUACACCAUUGCUUGAAGAAAUUGUCAGUGCUAGAGACUAUGAAACAUCACUACUGGAUGAUCAGCAGAGUGACACAGAAACAGAGACUAAUAGUGAUGAUGAUUUUUAUGAUACUCCCCUGUUUGAAUAUGAUGACCAUGAUUCUCUGCUUCCUGAAGGUGAUGGCUGUGAUUGUCUACAGCCUGAGGACUAUGACACAUGGCAAAAGGAAAAUGAUGGGGCUGGUCCUUCUGGUGUGUUCUAUGAUGGUUCAAAAGAGAAUGGUAAUUCUGUGGUUGCUCAGGAGGGACUGGUUGAUAACUUAGGUAUGAGUGGAAAAGCACAGACUCUUCAGGAUUUUCUCAUAGAUAGUGAGAAAACUGGAUUAAGUUCUGGUGAAGGAAUACAUUUAAAUUCAGUUGGCUCAUACAAAAUCAGUGAACAGUUGCUAGAAACUGCAUCAGAUAGGGAAAGUGCAAAUAACUUGGAAGGUGAUGCGUCUGACUCAUUGACUGAUAAUGAAAUUGUAGGAGGAAAGGAGAACUUAAGUGCUUCAUUAAAAUUUGAUGAUGUUGGUUGUUUCAGAGAGAGAAGAGAAGAGUAUAUGACUGGACAAGAAUUUAAUUCUGAUUCUCAACAUUUAGAUACUAUGCAAAAUGAUGAAAGUUAUUGGUAUUAUAGAUGUGACAGUAAUGAUCAGAAUGAAGAUGAUGAUAGUGAUGAUGAUUAUGGCAAUGAAGAAGGAAGAGCAGAUGAGACCAAAAAGCCCAUGUGCCAAGAAAAGGCUGAAGAUACGGAUGUCCACUUGUGUCCCACCACCAUAAAUGAAAAGGGAAAUAAUUUUGAAAAUCAAAGUAUUAAUAAAAUGAUUCUCCUGGAUAAAAUGGACAAUUAUAGUUCUUCAGAAAAGCAGCAAAGUUUAAAUAUUUUGCCACUAGAAUCAACUAGUAAAGGUAGCUUAACUCUGGAAAGAAGCAAUCCUCCAGAAUAUGCUACUGAGGUUGUUGGAAAAAGCACAGAAAGUCUGUUAAAUCAUAAGAUUGCUUCUAAGGAUAUAUUGCUGCCUGUCAUUAAAGACACUGAAUCAGAAAACACCUUUGACCCUAUAAGUAUUUUACAUAAUACUGAUAACAGUUCAACUUCCCAGUUAGGUAAUGAUGUAAUGAACAUACAGGUUAAUAAAAUGAUUCAAGGAUCAGAAUCUGCUGACUCUGUAAAAGGUGGAUGUCAAUGUUUUGAAAACGUAACACUUCCAGUCAACUCAUCCUUUAAUAAAAUCAUUAGUUCUGAGCCUGAUGUAAUAAGAAAAUCUGCUGAGGAAAGCCAUUUGUCAUCCAUAGCUUAUGAAACUGACAAAGAUAAUCAAGGAAAUGGAAGAGAUUUAAUUAAAAAGAAAGAUGACAAACACAAUAUAUUAAUAGAAGAUGAAACAUCAAUUCAUAAAACAUGCUCAGAUAAAGGAGAAGAGCUUGUAGAAGGUCCACUAGAAGAUAAUAAAUAUUUCGAACUUUUGCCUAGUAACAGUACAAGGGAGAGUCUUGAUUUAGUUAAUAGUCACUUUCCAUUACCACAUAGCACAAACAGCAAAGAACAUAAUCAGAAAGGAAGUGUUGUAAAAGCAACUGUAACCCUGAAAGAUGAUCCAGUGACUCUACAAACAGUGGUUAGUAAUUGUCCUGUUCAAUCCGAGAAUGUUGAAGGAAUAUUUGACUCACCUGUUAUCAAAGUGAUCAGUGAUGAUAUUACUGCAAAUAUUACAUUGCCUGAAGGGAAUGUAAGUUUUGGGAAAGGUUCACUCACUGUUACAGCUGGGAAAGAACUUGAUCAGUUUACUUAUUUAAAACAUUGUACUCAAAAUGUAGAAACAAAAGAUGUACUAAAACCCAAAGAAGACAUCCCACACUGUAUAUUAGUAGCUUCCUCUCCCAUAAGAGAACACCAAGAAUUAGGAGUUAAUUAUGCUCAAGAGAAAGAAACUAUUACUCAAGAAGAAUCACAUCAAAGUGAUAUAAUACAAAGGAAUGAUAUUUGUACUAAAGAAAAUGUCUCAGAAGGAGGAACAGAAAUUCUUCAACUCAUCCCAGAAAGAAAUGAAAGCAUGCUUUCAGUCUUACCUCUUAGAAAUAUGGAAAGCCUUGGGAGUAAUACUGAGUCUGUGCCUAACUCCUAUAACACUUUAAGUACUGACUGCUUAUCCUUAGAAAAUAAUGAUAAGAAAGAAAUAAUUGAAGAGAAGCCAGAUAAAGGACAAACCUUGUCUUCAGGUCUCCAAGUAAAAGAGGUUCAGAUUGCUGAAUUAUCCCAGAUGUUUCUUGAAGAUGAAAAGGAUAACUUAAUGGGUAGGUUGAAAGAAGGCCAUAUGAAUCCUCAAGAGGUUGGAGAACCUUCAGUCUGUGCAGAUACUAAAAUUUUAAUUCAAAACUUAAUUAAAAGAGUUAGCACAUUACAGUUGGCAAAUGAAACAUCAGGUGCACCCAGCAGUUCUAAAACCAGUGACUGUUCUGGUAUUUACCCCAUGAAUAACUCACCAGUGUUAAAGGCAGAGAGUGGUCCGUUCUGUAUUGAAAACCUCAAGUCUGAACUUCUCCUUGAUAUACUUAAGCAAAGUCAACAUAGUCAGAAAAUUACAGGAGCAUUUGAAUUGAUGAAGGAAUUGACACAGAUGGACUAUGAUCUAGAGAAAAGAGGCAUUACAUCUAAAGUACCUCCACUGCAACUUGAAGAUAUUUUCUAUAAGCUGCUUGUUGAUGAAUGUUCAGAGAAAGUCGAACAGAUUGAAGAAUCAAGUAAAAAACCAUCUACUUCAGAGAUGGUAGAGGAAAACCGACACAUUCUUGAUGAUCUUAAAAGCAAAGAAGGAAACCACUGUUCCCUUAAUUUACAAAAUACACAAGCUAGACCAGGAAACACUACUGUGUGUGCAUCAGCAUUGCCAAGAGAUGUGAAGUUAGAGGAGCUAUGCAGUGAUUUCCCAAACCAGGGGGAAUGCAUUUCAGGGUCAGAAGAAAUGACUGAAAGUAGCUCCAUGGAACAGUUUUCUAGUGAGUUACAACGGUGUUUACAGCACACAUCAAAAAUGCGCGAGUAUUUCACUUUACUUCAAGAUAUGAAGCCACCAUUAGGUAACCAGGAAUCUCUCGAUAACAGCCUAGAAGCUUUGAAGAACCAACUAAAACAGUUAGAGACAUUUGAAUUGGGAUUGACUCCAAUUGCUGUUCUUUUAAGAAAAGAUAUGAAGUUGGCAGAAGAGUUUUUAAAGUCUCUUCCCAGUGAUUUCCCUAAAGAACAUCUUGAGGAAUUGAGUAAAAGCCACAGAAGUUUGCAAACUGCUUUCUCUUCCCUCAGCAAUGUGUCUUCAGACAGAAGGAAGCACAUCAUGCUAGCAAUUGAUUCUGAAAUGUCUAAAUUAGCUGUUACCCAUGAGGAGUUUCUGCAUAAACUUGAGUCAUUCUCACAUUGGAUAUCAAAGAAGAGCAAAUCUGUGAAGGAUAUCGAUAUUGUGAAUGUUCAAGAUACUGACCAUGUAAAGAAAAAUUUGGAUUUCCUCAAGAAUGUGUUAAAAGACAUUGGACAUCACAAAACGCAGCUGGAGACAACUGCCUUUGAUGUGCAGUUCUUCAUUUCUGAAUAUGCACAAGAUCUGUCUCCAAACCAAAGCAAGCAACUGCUGAGGCUUUUAAAUACAACUCAGAAGUGUUUUCUUGAUAUACAGGAAUCAGUAACUACCCAGGUGGAACAUUUAGAAACUCAGUUGCGCCUAGAACAAGAUCUUGAUGAUCAGAAGAUUGUGACAGAACGCCAGCAGCAGUACAAGGAGAAACUCCAAGGGAUUUGUGAUCUCCUCACCCAAACAGAAAACCGCCUGAUUGGUCACCAAGAGGCCUUUGUGAUUGGAGAUGGCACAGUUGAGUUAAAAAAGUACCAGUCCAAGCAAGAGGAAUUACAGAAAGAUAUGCAAGGAAGUGCACAGGCAUUGGCAGAAAUAGUGAAAAACACAGAGAUCUUUUUAAAAGAGAAUGGCGAAAAGCUGUCGCAAGAAGAUAAGGCUUUGAUUGAACAGAAACUUAAUGAAGCUAAGAUAAAGUGUGAACAACUUAAUUUAAAAGCAGAACAGUCGAAAAAGGAGCUGGAUAAAGUUGUGACGACAGCAAUCAAGGAAGAAACUGAAAAGGCUGCUGCAGUGAAACAGCUGGAAGAGAGCAAAACCAAAAUAGAAAACCUUUUAGACUGGUUAUCAAAUGUUGACAAAGAAUCAGAAAAGGCAGAGGUAAAACAGAAGCCGGCAAUUGAACAGAAUGGAACUCAUUUUCAAGAAGGUGAUGGCAAGUCAGAGAUAGGAGAAGAGGAUGAGGUUAAUGGUAACCUGUUUGAAACUGUUGUUGAUGGGCAAGUUGGAACCACGGAGGAGAAUCUGAACCAGCAGUACCAGAAAGUUAAGGCCCAACAUGAGAAGAUCACUUCUCAGCACCAAGCUGUCCUCCUGGCCACUCAGUCUGCACAAGCCUUGCUUGAGAAGCAGGGUCACUAUCUCUCUCCUGAGGAAAAAGAGAAACUGCAAAAGAACAUGAAGGAACUAAAAGAGCAUUAUGAAACCGCACUGGCCAAGUCCGAGAAGAAAAUGAAGUUGACGCAUUCUCUGCAGGAAGAAUUAGAAAAGUUUGAUGCUGAUUAUAGUGAGUUUGAGCACUGGCUGCAGCAAUCAGAACAAGAACUUGAAAACUUGGAAGCAGGUGCAGAUGACUUCAAUGGUUUAAUGACAAAGUUGAAGAGGCAGAAGAGUUUCUCGGAAGAUGUUAUUUCUCACAAAGGGGAUUUGAGAUAUAUCACCAUUUCUGGAAACAGGGUGUUAGAAGCAGCCAAAUCUUGCAGCAAGAGAGAUGGUGGUGGCAAGGCUGGCCAGGAUGAUAUUGACACUUCUGCAACACACAGAGAAGUCCAGAGCAAAUUGGAUCAUGCCACUGAUUGGUUCAGGUCUCUCUAUUCUAAGUGCAAUGUCCUUGGGAAUAACCUUAAAGAUCUGGUGGAUAAAUAUCAACACUAUGAAGAUGCUUCUUGUGGACUUAUUUCUGGACUCCAGGCCUGUGAGGUCAUAGCAAGCAAACACUUAUCGGAACCUAUCGCUGUGGAUCCUAAAAAUCUGCAAAGGCAAUUAGAAGAGACAAAGGCUCUGCAAGGACAGAUCUCAAGUCAGCAGGUUGCUGUAGAGAAACUGAAAAAAACAGCUGAAGUGCUUUUAGAUGCCAGGGGAUCAUUACUUCCAGCCAAGAAUGAUAUCCAGAAAACACUGGAUGACAUUAUUGGGAGAUAUGAUGAUCUGUCCAAGUCUGUUAAUGAUCGGAAUGAAAAACUCCAGAUAACCCUGACUCGCUCACUGAGUGUGCAGGAUGGCCUGGAUGAAAUGCUGGACUGGAUGGGAAGUGUAGAAAGUUCUUUGAAAGAACAAGGUCAAGUGCCCUUAAACUCUGCUGCUCUUCAGGAUAUCAUCAGUAAAAACAUUAUGUUGGAGCAGGAUAUUGCUGGUCGUCAGAGCAGUAUAAAUGCCAUGAAUGAAAAAGUGAAGAAAUUUAUGGAAACAACAGACCCAUCCACUGCAUCCUCACUGCAGGCCAAAAUGAAGGACUUGUCUGUUCGGUUUUCAGAAGCCAGUCAUAAGCACAAAGAAAAAUUUACCAAAAUGGAGGAGCUAAAAACUAAAGUAGAACUAUUUGAGAACCUCUCAGAAAAACUCCAAAUGUUUCUAGAAACAAAAACUCAGGCUCUUACUGAGCCAGAUGUGCCAGGAAAAGAUGUUACUGAAUUAUCUCAGUAUAUGAAGGAAUCAACUUCUGAAUUCUUAGAACACAAGAAAGAUCUUGAAGUUUUACAGAAUCUCUUGAAGGAGAUAGCCAGCCAUGGUUUGCCAGGUGAUAAGGCUCUGGUUUUUGAAAAAACAAAUAAUUUGUCAAAGAAAUUCAAGGAAAUGGAGGAUACCAUCAAAGAAAAAAAAGAAGCUGUGUCUUCUUGUCAAGAACAGAUGGAUGCUUUCCAGGUCCUUGUUAAAUCCUUAAAAUCAUGGAUAAAAGAAACAACAGAAAAAGUUCCCAUUGCACAACCUUCUUUUGGUGCAGAUGAUUUAGGAAAAUCUUUGGAAGAGACUAAGGAAUUACAAGAAAAGUGGAGUUUAAAAGCACCAGAGAUUCAGAAAGUAAACAACAGUGGGAUCUCACUAUGUAACCUAAUAAGUGCUGUGACUACUCCUGCAAAGACAAUAGCAGCAGUUAAAUCAGGUGGAGUAAUAUUAAAUGGUGAAGGAACAGCCACAGAUACUCAGGAAAUUUUGGCAAAUAAAGGACUAACAUCCAUCAAAAAGGACAUGACUGACAUAAGCCAUGGUUAUGAAGAUCUUGGUCUCUUACUUAAGGACAAAAUAGCUGAACUUAAUGCCAAACUCUCCAAAUUGCAAAAGGCUCAGGAAGAAUCAAGUGCAAUGAUGCAGUGGUUAGAGAAGAUGAACAAAACUGCAACAAAGUGGCAUCAAGCACCUACACCUACAGAUACUGAAGCUGUGAAGACUCAGGUUGAGCAGAACAAGUCAUUUGAGGCAGAACUGAAGCAAAAUGUAAACAAAGUGCAGGAGUUGAAAGACCAAUUGACAGAGCUGUUAGAGGAAAACCCAGAUACUCCCGAAGCCCCCAAAUGGAAACAGAUGUUGUCAGAAAUAGAUUCCAAGUGGCAAGAACUUAAUCAAUUAACAGUUGAUAGGCAACAAAAAUUGGAAGAAUCCUCUAAUAAUCUAACCCAAUUUCAAACUGUAGAGGCUCAGUUAAAACAGUGGCUCUUGGAGAAAGAAUUGAUGGUCAGUGUUCUUGGGCCUUUGUCAAUUGACCCAAAUAUGCUAAACACACAAAGGCAGCAGGUGCAGAUUCUGCUGAAAGAAUUUGAUACUCGAAAACCUCAGUAUGAACAGCUAACGGCAGCUGGUCAGAGCAUUCUGAGCAGACCUGGUGAACACCCUUCUUUCCAUGGGGUUGUGAAAGAGCAACUGGCAGCUGUAACCCAAAAAUGGGACAGCCUAACAGGACAAUUGAGUGACAGAUGUGAUUGGAUUGAUCAAGCCAUUGUUAAAAGCACACAGUAUCAGAGCCUGCUGAGAAGCCUUUCCAAUAAACUGAGUGACUUGGAUAAUAAACUCAGCAGCAGUGUGGCCGUGAGCACACACCCUGAUGCUAUGAACCAGCAGUUGGAAACAGCCCAAAAAAUGAAGCAGGAAAUAGAGCAGGAAUCGAAGCAGAUAAAAGUGGCCCAGACUCUCUGUGAGGAUUUGUCAGCAUUGGUUAAAGAAGAGUACUUGAAAGCAGAACUUAGUAGACAACUAGAAGGCAUCUUAAAAUCAUUUAAGGAUAUUGAGCAAAAAGCAGAGAACCAUGUCCAGCACCUUCAAUCAGCCUGUGCAAGUUCUCAUCAAUUUCAGCAGAUGUCUCAAGAUUUUCAGGCUUGGCUGGAUACAAAGAAAGAAGAGCAAAACAAGUCUCACCCAAUAUCAGCCAAACUAGAUGUCUUGGAAUCAUUAAUUAAAGUUCAGAAAGACUUCAGUGAAACUUUGAAUGCUCAGUCUAAUAUUUAUGAAAAGACCAUGGUGGAAGGUGAAAAUCUGUUAUUAAAAACACAAGGGUCUGAGAAGGCAGCCUUACAGUUACAACUUAACACUAUUAAAACCAAUUGGGAUGGACUUAAUAAACAGGUGAAAGAAAGAGAGGAAAAGCUAAAAGAUACAUUGGAAAAAGCCCUCAAAUAUAAAGAGCAUGUAGAGACUCUCCGACCAUGGAUAGACAAAUGUGAAAAUAACGUGGAGGAAAUAAAAUGUUGCUUGGAUCCAACUGAAACAGAGAAUUCUAUUGCCAAGUUAAAGUCUCUGCAGAAGGAAAUGGAUCAACACUUUGGGAUGGUCGAAUUGCUAAACAAUGCAGCCAAUAGCUUGCUCAGUGUCUGUGAGAUAGACAAAGAGGUUGUUACUGAUGAGAAUAAAUCACUGAUCCAGAAAGUUGAUAUGGUCACUGAACAACUUCACAGUAAAAAAUUCUCUCUGGAGAACAUGGCCCAGAAGGUUAAAGAAUUUCAAGAAGUUUCCAAAGAAGCUAAAAAGCAGCUUCACUGUGCAAAGGAGCACCUGGAUGUGCAUGAUUCCCUCGGACCCCAGGCUUACAGUAAUAAACACCUGACCAUGUUGCAAACUCAGCAGAAAUCACUUCAGGCUGUGAAGCAACAGAUAGAUUUGGUCAAAGAACUUGCACAGGCCCUUGUGGUAGAAGCCUCAGACUCAAAAGGAACUUCUGAUAUUUUAUUACAAGCAGAAACCUUAGCUCAAGAGCAUAGUGCACUAAGUCAGCAGGUUGAUGAAAAGUGUUCAUUCUUAGAAACCAAGCUUCAGGGCAUUGGACAUUUCCAGAAUACCAUCCGAGAAAUGUUUUCUCAGUUUGCAGAGUUUGAUGAUGAACUGGAUAGCAUGGCCCCAGUAGGAAGAGAUGUAGAAACACUGCAAAAGCAAAAGGAGGCCAUUAAAACCUUCCUGAAGAAACUAGCAGCCCUCAUAACAAGCAUUGACAAUGCCAAUAAAACCUGCAAGAUGAUGCUGGCCACAGAAGAAACCUCUCCUGAUCUUGUUGGAAUCAAAAGGGACUUAGAAGCUUUAAGCAAACAGUGCAACAAGCUGCUGGACCGAGCACAAGCCCGAGAAGAGCAGGUUCAAGGGACAAUUGAGCGUCUUGAAGAAUUCUACAGCAAAUUGAAAGAAUUUUCUAUUUUACUUCAGACAGCUGAAGAGCAUGAAGAAUCACAAGGUCCUGUUGGUAUGGAAACAGAGACAAUUAACCAACAACUUGAUGUGUUCAAGGUAUUCCAAAAAGAGGAGAUUGAACCUUUGCAGGUUAAACAGCAAGAUGUGAACUGGUUAGGUCAAGGCCUUAUUCAGAGUGCUGCUAAAGGGACCAGCACCCAAACUUUGGAGCAUGACCUGGAAGAUGUCAAUACACGGUGGAAGACUCUCAAUAAAAAGGUGGCUCAGCGAGCAGCCCAGCUGCAGGAGGCCCUGCUACACUGUGGGAGGUUCCAGGAUGCUCUGGAGUCCCUGCUUAGCUGGAUGGUGGACACCGAGGAGCUUGUGGCCAAUCAAAAGCCUCCAUCAGCAGAGUUCAAAGUAGUGAAGGCCCAGAUACAGGAACAAAAGCUUCUCCAAAGAUUGUUGGAUGACCGCAAAUCUACUGUGGAAGUAAUCAAACGAGAAGGAGAAAAAAUUGCUGCUACAGCAGAACCUGCAGAUAAAGUGAAGAUUUUGAGACAACUGAGCCUCUUGGAUAGUAGAUGGGAGGCAUUGCUUAAUAAAGCUGAAACGAGGAAUCGUCAAUUGGAAGGUAUCUCCGUGGUAGCACAGCAAUUUCAUGAAACCUUAGAACCACUGAAUGAGUGGCUUACGACCAUAGAAAAGAAGCUGGCAAAUUGUGAGCCCAUAGGAACCCAGGCGUCUAAACUUGAGGAACAAAUUGCGCAGCAUAAAGCUUUAGAAGAUGACAUCAUCAAUCAUAAUAAACACUUACACCAGGCUGUUAGCAUUGGCCAGUCCUUAAAGGUUUUGAGCUCCAGGGAGGAUAAAGAUAUGGUGCAGAAUAAAUUAGACUCCUCUCAAGUGUGGUACAUUGAGAUUCAAGAGAAAAGUCACAGCAGGUCUGAGCUCCUCCAGCAGGCUUUAUGUAAUGCUAAGAUUUUUGGGGAAGAUGAAGUUGAGUUGAUGAAUUGGCUGAAUGAAGUGCAUGACAAACUAAGCAAGCUCUCAGUCCAGGAUUGCAGCACUGAGGGCCUGUGGAAGCAGCAGUCUGAACUUCUGGUUCUGCAAGAGGACAUCUUACUCAGAAAACAAGAUGUUGACCAGGCAUUACUAAAUGGACUAGAACUACUUAAACAAACAACAGGUGAUGAAGUUUUAAUAAUUCAAGAUAAAUUGGAAGCCAUUAAAGCAAGGUACAAAGACAUUACUAAAUUGAGCACGGAUGUAGCCAAGACUCUGGAGCAGGCACUGCAGCUCGCACGGCGGCUACACUCCACACAUGAAGAGCUCUGCACCUGGCUGGACAAAGUGGAGGUGGAAUUACUUUCAUAUGAAACUCAGGUUCUGAAGGGAGAAGCAGCAAGCCAAGCUCAAGUGAGACAAAAAGAAUUAAAAAAGGAAACUAAAAACAGCAAAGCCUUAUUGGACUCCCUCAAUGAAGUGAGCAAUGCUUUACUGGAACUGGUACCGUGGAGGGCAAGGGAAGGACUUGAAAAAAUGGUGGCUGAGGACAAUGAGCGCUACCACUUAGUGAGCAACACCAUCACUCAGAAGGUGGAGGAGAUCGAUGCUGCCAUUCUGAGGUCACAGCAGUUUGACCAAGCAGCUGAUGCUGAGUUAUCCUGGAUUACAGAAACAGAAAAGAAAUUGAUGUCUCUGGGUGACAUCAGGCUUGAGCAAGACCAGACCUCUGCUCAGCUUCAGGUUCAGAAGACAUUCACCAUGGAGAUUUUGAGACACAAGGAUAUUAUUGAUGAACUUGUGAAAUCUGGACAUAAAAUCAUGACCACAUGCAGUGAAGAGGAAAAGCAAUCCAUGAAGAAUAAACUGGACAAAGUUUUGAAGAACUAUGAUAACAUCUGCCAGACAAACUCAGAGAGGUACCUACAGUUAGAAAGGGCACAGUCCCUGGUUAACCAAUUCUGGGAAACAUAUGAAGAACUUUGGCCAUGGCUUACAGAAACACAAAGAAUUAUCUCUCAGCUUCCUGCCCCAGCCCUUGAAUAUGAAACUCUAAGACAACAACAGGAAGAACAUCGGCAACUGCGAGAGUUGAUAGCUGAACACAAGCCUCAUAUAGAUAAGAUGAACAAAACUGGGCCGCAGUUACUGGAAUUAAGCCCAGGGGAAGGCUUUUCUAUCCAAGAGAAAUAUGUGGCAGCUGACACCCUUUACAGUCAAAUUAAAGAAGAUGUCAAAAAACGAGCUGUGGCACUGGAUGAAGCCAUUUCUCAGUCUACUCAGUUCCAUGACAAGAUAGACCAGAUCCUUGAGAGUCUGGAACGCAUUGUGGAGCGACUAAGGCAGCCACCUUCCAUCUCUGCUGAGGUGGAGAAGAUCAAGGAGCAAAUCAGUGAAAACAAGAAUGUGUCGGUAGACAUGGAGAAGCUACAGCCAUUGUAUGAAACUCUUAAACAGAGAGGAGAGGAAAUGAUUGCUCGAUCUGGGGGCACUGACAAAGACAUAUCUGCCAAAGCUGUUCAGGAUAAACUUGAUCAAAUGGUUUUCAUUUGGGAAAACAUACACACACUGGUGGAAGAAAGGGAAGCCAAACUAUUGGAUGUAAUGGAAUUAGCAGAGAAGUUCUGGUGUGAUCACAUGUCAUUGGUAGUUACUACUAAAGACACUCAAGAUUUCAUCCGUGAUCUGGAAGAUCCUGGAAUUGACCCCUCAGUAGUGAAACAACAGCAAGAGGCAGCAGAAGCUAUAAGGGAAGAAAUAGAUGGACUACAGGAAGAGCUGGAUAUAGUUAUUAACCUGGGUUCUGAACUCAUCGCUGCCUGCGGGGAACCUGAUAAACCCAUUGUCAAGAAGAGCAUAGAUGAGUUAAAUUCAGCAUGGGAUUCUCUAAAUAAAUCUUGGAAAGAUCGGGUGGACAAACUUGAGGAGGCCAUGCAAGCAGCUGUUCAGUACCAGGAUGGACUGCAGGCAAUUUUCGACUGGGUAGAUAUUGCAGGUGGUAAAUUAGCUUCAAUGUCUCCAAUCGGAACAGAUCUUGAAACUGUCAAGCAGCAGAUUGAAGAACUAAAGCAAUUUAAGUCUGAAGCUUAUCAACAACAGAUAGAAAUGGAAAGACUAAACCAUCAAGCAGAACUUUUGUUGAAGAAAGUGACAGAAGAGGCUGACAAACAGACUGUUCAAGACCCAUUAAUGGAAUUGAAAUUGAUAUGGGAUAGUUUAGAUGAGCGAAUUAUCAACAGACAGCAUAAGCUGGAGGGUGCUCUGUUGGCACUGGGGCAGUUCCAGCAUGCUCUGGAUGAGCUGCUGGCAUGGCUGACACACACUGAGGGCUUGCUAAAUGAACAGAAGCCUGUUGGAGGAGACCCUAAAGCCAUUGAAAUAGAACUUGCCAAGCAUCAUGUGCUCCAAAAUGAUGUAUUAGCUCAUCAGACUACAGUGGAAGCUGUUAAUAAAGCAGGAAAUGAUCUAAUUGAAUCAAGUGCAGGAGAAGAAGCAAGCAACCUUCAGAACAAGCUAGAGGUUUUAAACCAACGCUGGCAAAAUGUUUUGGAAAAAACAGAGCAAAGGAAGCAGCAGCUGGAUAGUGCCUUGCGCCAGGCCAAAGGGUUCCAUGGAGAAAUUGAGGAUUUGCAGCAGUGGUUAACUGACACGGAGCGUCAUCUGUUAGCAUCCAAACCUCUGGGAGGAUUACCAGAAACAGCCAGGGAGCAGCUUAAUGCCCACAUGGAAAUCUGUGCUGCCUUUGAUGUUAAAGAAGAAACGUACAAGAGUCUGAUGCAGAAAGGCCAGCAGAUGCUUGCAAGAUGCCCCAAAUCUGCAGAGACAAAUAUUGACCAAGACUUAAAUAAUUUGAAAGAAAAAUGGGAAUCAGUGGAAACCAAACUCAAUGAAAGGAAAACUAAACUGGAAGAGGCCCUCAACUUGGCAAUGGAGUUCCACAAUUCUCUCCAAGACUUUAUCAACUGGCUUACACAGGCUGAACAGACCCUAAAUGUUGCUUCUCGGCCAAGUCUUAUCUUGGACACAGUCUUAUUUCAAAUCGAUGAACAUAAGGUCUUUGCCAAUGAAGUGAAUUCUCACCGUGAGCAAAUAAUAGAACUGGACAAAACUGGAACCCACCUGAAAUAUUUUAGUCAGAAACAAGAUGUUGUCCUAAUUAAGAAUCUACUGAUCAGUGUGCAGAGUCGAUGGGAAAAAGUGGUUCAACGGUUAGUAGAAAGAGGAAGAUCUUUGGAUGAUGCAAGGAAGAGGGCCAAACAGUUCCAUGAAGCUUGGAGUAAACUUAUGGAGUGGCUAGAGGAGUCAGAAAAGUCUUUGGAUUCUGAACUGGAAAUUGCCAAUGAUCCAGACAAAAUAAAAACACAACUUGCUCAGCAUAAGGAAUUCCAGAAAUCACUCGGUGCCAAGCAUUCUGUCUACGAUACCACUAAUAGAACUGGACGUUCUCUGAAGGAGAAAACCUCUCUGGCUGAUGACAAUCUAAAACUGGAUGACAUGCUGAGUGAACUCAGAGACAAAUGGGAUACUAUCUGUGGAAAAUCUGUAGAAAGGCAAAACAAAUUGGAAGAAGCCCUGUUAUUUUCUGGACAGUUCACAGAUGCCCUACAGGCCCUCAUUGAUUGGUUAUAUAGAGUUGAACCCCAGCUGGCAGAAGACCAGCCUGUCCACGGAGACAUUGACUUAGUGAUGAAUCUGAUCGAUAAUCACAAGGUCUUCCAAAAAGAACUGGGGAAGAGGACAAGCAGUGUGCAGGCCCUGAAGCGCUCAGCCAGAGAACUCAUAGAAGGUAGCAGAGAUGACUCCUCCUGGGUCAAAGUCCAGAUGCAGGAAUUAAGCACACGCUGGGAGACUGUGUGUGCACUUUCUAUAUCAAAGCAAACACGGCUAGAAGCAGCUCUGCGUCAGGCAGAGGAAUUUCACUCGGUGGUACAUGCCCUCUUGGAAUGGCUGGCUGAGGCGGAACAGACCCUUCGUUUCCAUGGUGUUCUCCCAGAUGAUGAGGAUGCUCUUCGGACUCUCAUUGAUCAGCAUAAAGAAUUCAUGAAAAAACUGGAAGAAAAACGAGCUGCACUAAAUAAAGCCACCAGCAUGGGAGAUGCUGUUUUGGCCAUCUGCCACCCUGACUCCAUCACCACCAUUAAGCACUGGAUAACAAUCAUCAGGGCCAGGUUUGAGGAGGUGCUGGCCUGGGCUAAACAACAUCAACAGAGAUUAGCAAGUGCUCUGGCUGGACUCAGGGCCAAACAGGAAUUGUUGGAAGCUUUGUUGGCUUGGCUGCAAUGGGCUGAAACUACACUUACUGAUAAGGAUAAAGAAGUCAUCCCCCAGGAAAUUGAAGAAGUGAAAGCCCUCAUUGCCGAGCACCAGACCUUCAUGGAAGAAAUGACCAGAAAACAGCCUGAUGUUGAUAAAGUUACCAAGACCUAUAAGAGGAGAGCAGCUGAUCCUUCUUCACUACAGUCCCAUAUUCCAGUCUUGGAUAAGGGGCGAGCAGGAAGAAAACGCUUUCCAGCGUCAAGCUUGUAUCCCUCUGGAUCACAGACACAAAUUGAAACCAAGAAUCCCAGGGUCAACUUAUUGGUGAGCAAGUGGCAGCAAGUCUGGCUCCUCGCACUGGAAAGGAGGAGGAAGCUUAAUGAUGCCUUGGACAGACUAGAGGAGCUGAGGGAAUUUGCUAACUUUGAUUUUGAUAUCUGGCGCAAAAAAUACAUGCGGUGGAUGAAUCACAAGAAAUCUCGAGUGAUGGACUUCUUCAGAAGAAUUGAUAAAGAUCAGGAUGGGAAAAUAACUCGACAAGAAUUUAUUGAUGGAAUUCUUUCCUCAAAGUUCCCAACCAGUCGCUUGGAGAUGAGUGCAGUUGCAGAUAUCUUUGACAGAGAUGGUGAUGGAUAUAUUGACUACUAUGAAUUUGUAGCAGCCCUUCAUCCAAAUAAAGACGCGUAUAAACCUAUCACUGAUGCUGACAAAAUUGAAGAUGAGGUGACAAGGCAAGUAGCAAAAUGUAAAUGUGCAAAACGAUUUCAAGUUGAACAGAUUGGAGAUAACAAAUACAGGUUCUUCCUGGGAAAUCAGUUUGGAGACUCCCAGCAACUGCGACUUGUUCGAAUCCUGCGCAGUACCGUGAUGGUUCGCGUUGGUGGUGGAUGGAUGGCUCUUGAUGAGUUCUUAGUGAAAAAUGAUCCUUGCAGGGCGAAAGGAAGGACAAAUAUGGAGCUACGUGAGAAGUUCAUUUUAGCAGAUGGUGCCAGUCAGGGUAUGGCAGCUUUCCGACCCCGGGGCCGAAGAUCCCGGCCUUCAUCGAGAGGUGCUUCACCAAAUCGAUCGACUUCUGUGUCCAGCCAGGCUGGCCAUGUGGCCUCCCCACAGGUCCCUGCCACCAGCACACCCAAGAUUCUCCAUCCUUUAACACGCAAUUAUGGUAAACCAUGGUUGACAAACAGCAAAAUGUCAACUCCUUGUAAACCAGCAGAGUGCUCAGACUUUUCCGUGCCAUCUGCAGAGGGAACACCAAUACAAGGAAGCAAGCUUCGACUUCCAGGAUAUUUAUCAGGGAAAGGCUUCCACUCGGGGGAUGACAGUGGCCUGAUAACAACUGCAGCCACCAGAGUCCGGACUCAAUUUGCUGAUUCCAAGAAGACACCCAGCCGACCAGGAAGCCGAGCCGGAAGCAAAGCUGGUAGCAGGGCCAGCAGCCGCCGAGGCAGUGAUGCAUCAGACUUUGACAUUUCAGAAAUCCAAUCUGUGUGCUCAGACGUGGAGACUGUACCCCCAACACACAGACCUACACCCCGAGCAGGUUCUCGGCCAGCCACAGCCAAGCCUUCUAAAAUACCCACACCACAAAGGAAAUCACCUGCCAGCAAAUUGGACAAGUCCUCAAAGAGAUAGUGCGAUGGGUCCACUAUACCCUUCCUUGAGCAUUUAUUAUUUAAGUUUGAAAACUGUAAAAUAUGAUGUAGAAAUUAUUGUGAAAUAUUGCAAGAGGUGAGUUUAAAAUUCUGCAGAUGGCCUUAUUUGUGUAUUUGUCUUUUUAUUUUAUCUGUAUAAUUUUUUUGGGGUCAGAUAUUCUGGGGUUAGAGUCACAUCAUAUGUGAGCGGGAGAAAAAAGCUUUUAACAUGCACUAACAUUUCUGCACCGAAAGGUGUGGAACACACACUAAAACCAGUCACUGUACCUCCAGGUAAGUCCCCAUCCUCCGAUACAGUCGUAGCACGGCAUCCGCAGCUGAUGCUAGGAUACCUGGUGACAUAUUCUUGUUUUUGCAGAAACUGUAAACAACUGAAGGUGGGGAUACACUUCAGGUUGAUUUCAAUGUAAGCUAAAAGGUGGAAAGCAGAAAAACAGACACAGUUUUUUAAGCAGUAUCUGACAGAAACUCAAAGGAAGUUGCUUUAGACACUUGCCAGUGCUCUGAUAUUCAAGAACCUUGCAGCAUUUCCGUGCCAUUGCUUUACAUGAAGCCAGAGGCAUCCUGGAUAUUAGACCUAUAAUACUGUAAGAAUAUAAUUAAAAAGUGCAUUCUUAUAAAUGUGAGGUUUUCUUUUGCUUGAGUGGACAUAGCACCUGUAUCAUUGAACUCAUUUUGUAUCAAAGCAAGCUUGCUUGCAGAAAGCUAUGAAAUAAAACACGUCCCUUAACUACAUUGCAAUGGAAUUAAGUUUUUUUCCCUAGGGAAAAUCAGUGUAUUUUUUUAUGAGCAAUAGCAAUUUGGAGUGACCAAAAGAUACUUAAAAAUGGGUUUAUUUUGAUUUCUCAUCUGAAAUAAUUAUGUUCUGGUAUUAUAUCUAUAUUUAAUAAAUAUAUACAUUUUAAUUUAUUAUGUAUACUCACAUACUAUAGAAAGAUAUUAGUAUGCAUUUAAUAAAACAUAUUCACUUGAA